GCAUAUUUUCUUGGGAAGAAAAGGGGGAUCUGGGCCUGUGGGGCAAAUAUUGGCAUACUUGCAGAAACGAGUCAGAAGGCGGUGAAACAUGGCCGCAGCGAGUGCGACGAGUUGUCCCUCCUGUUUCCAAACCUACAAUGAGCAGAAUCGGAUACCAAGGAUCUUGCCCAAAUGCGGACAUACGUUCUGCGAAGACUGCCUGGAGAAGAUGAAAUUCUACGGGGCAAUUCAAUGCCCAACCGACCUCGAAACCUCGGUGAUUGGAAUGUCAUCCGUGGUUGCGCUAACGAAGAAUAUGACUCUGCUCGAACUUGCGAAAAGUUCAGGCUCUUCAGUCCGCCUCGGCGGUGGCAGUGGAGGUGCAGGAGGAGGAGCAGGGCAGUUGGCUUCUUUGUCACUUUGGGUUCAGCCAGAGAAAUUGGAACUUGGGGACAAGAUUGGGGAAGGAAACUUUGGUGAAGUCCGAGAAGCGUGGCUUGAUGAUGCUGGUCACAGAUGCAAAGUCGCCGUAAAAAUAUAUGGCACAAAUAUUUGCCGGGCAAUGGCGGAGCUCCACAGCCGAGGAAUACUAAUGCGAGACUUGAAGCCUGCAAACUUCCUUGUGGAUGAUUAUGACACAGCGGUUGUGGCAGACUUCGGGCUGUCGAAACUUUUGAAGGAGAGCGCCACAUCCACUUUGGUGAGCGGUAAGAUUGCAGGAACCCCUUGUUACAUGCCGCCCGAGGCGUGGGGUGCAGGCGAUAGCCUUCUGCAUCCAACAUCUGAUGUUUGGAGCUUUGCUUGCUCAGUCAUUGACAUGUUCACUGGAAAGCCACCCUUUCACUCCGCCAGAUCAAUUUUUGAAGUUCAGAAGCGUGUGGUGCUCGAUAGGGAAAGACCUCAAGUCCCUGCAGGGUUGCCCACUGAGGUGGAGGAGUGUCUCAGGAAAUGCUUCGCCUAUGAUGCAAAAGACCGACCCAAUUUUGAUACGUUGCUGGACGUCUUUCAAAGAAACCCGAUAGCACCAGCUCAAAGGAACCCGAUGGAACCAGUUCAAAGGACCUGGGGAGCGGAUAACGGAGAGUCAUCAGCAAUUCCAAGGCGUCUCUCGAGCCCUCUAAGGCGGCUCUCAAGCCCACCACAAUCAGAAUCUCCAAGGCGGCUCUCAACCCCACCACACAUAGAAACUACAAGGCGGUUCUCAAGCCCACCACGACCGGAACCUCCAAGGCAACGCUCAAGCCCUCCCCGAUCAGACCCUCCACGGCAGUUCUUAAGCCCCGCACAGUAUGAAUUUGCGCCUUCUCGAGAAACUGCUGAUCAGUCUGCUCCUCCACAAAGGUUUCUUCCCAAUUCUUGGGUGCGUGUCAAAAAGAGUGUUUCCAACCCAAAGUUUGGUUGGAUUUCAAGGGACAGGAGUGCCCUAAUGCACGAUAGCAUUGGAUUUUUGAAGGAUGUUGACUCCGAGGGUACUGCGUCAGUUCAGUAUUGUUUCUCAGAUGAGCCAAUGGUAUUCAGUGUGGAGGAGUUGGAAGUGGUGCCUUCUCUUCAGGAAGGCGACACCGUCCGAGUGAAAGGAUCUGUUGUGCAGCCUCGAUUCGGCUGGGGCGAGGUCAGGCGCAAUAUGAUUGGCAAUGUCGUCUCCAUUGAUAUGGACAAAGCAAUGGUCGAGAUUGAUUUCCCAGACUACACGACUGGCUGGGUCGCCGAUCCCUCGGAGAUCGAGCGGAUGUCAAGACCAUUCAGGAGAGGAGACUGGGCACGGAUCAGGGCGUCAGUGUUGAGAGCCAGAAGGCGUGACAGUGGGUUGCAGGAGAUAACCGAGUCCAGUUUGGCCAUUGUGAAAGAUGUGCUGGAUGGUGGAAAAGUCAAACUAGACUUCUGCUUCAUGAGCAACUAUACGAUCCUGGACCAGUGGAACGCUGAGUUGCUGGAUUUCCCUCCAUUCGUUCUCGAUGAUCAGGUAUCGCUGAAGCGGUCAGUGAGAGCACCUCGGUAUGAGUGGGGGGGAGAAGGACAUUGUAGUGUUGGGACAGUUGCUGAGAUUUGUGACGACGGUCUGAUUAAAGUGCAAUUCCCUGACAGAGGUUCCCUGUGUACAGCUGACCCUGGAGAGCUCAUGGUCAUUCAGCCGGCACAGGGAUUCAGGCGUUCACCGCGCACAGGCAUUCGGUAGAAGAUGCUGGACGCAGGUUAAGGAGCCGUCGGCAGACUGGAUCCUGAGCGAGAGGAUGACAGUGGAUGCGAAGAGAAGGGGGCAACCUGCCCGUGGCGCUGAGCUAGACCUUAUGCUCUUCUAACCUGGGCCGAGGCUGGACAUGAUGCAGAUUCGCUGACGUAGAGAAUCGUGUCGUUCAGCCACUACAUAGUCGACUUCAUUAUGCCUCAUUCGCUCGGAUGCUCAUCUCCCGAGCGGGCCUCAGAGCUGCGAGCCUCCUGUUGCUCAUGUAUACUGGGCGAGGUCGAAUGGAAGUGGGAGUGGAGAAGCAUCCUCCUCAGACGUCGUCGAUCGGAGAGGGAAAGUCCCUUUGCGGCGAAGUUGGAGGUGAUUGCAGGAGGGAAGUUCUGGCGGGCUAUCUGGGCCAGGAGAUAAAGGAUUGUAAGUUUU